UGUGAACCUUCCCAUUUCUGGCUGCAGCUGGAUCUCCAUACAAAGGAGCAGAUCAUCGAGCUGCUGGUUCUUGAGCAAUUCCUGACCAUCUUGCCUGAGGGAAUCCAGACAUGGGCCCAGAGAUUUCAUCCAGAAAUACGUAAUGAGGUUGUUGCCCUUGUAGAGGAUUUCCAGCUAAUUCAUCAGGAGAUUGGGAAAUGUGGGAUUCCAGUGACAUUCGACGACGUGGCUGUGUAUUUCGCCAAGAAGGACUGGGGUCGUCUGGACAAAAGGCAGAGGGAGCUCUACAGGGAUGUCAUGCAGAAGAAUUUGAAGACUUCUCUCUGGGUUCCCAAUCUCCUUGUGCAGGGGAGACCUGAGAAAAGCAAGAGACUAUGUACUACUUAUGCAUGUAAGGAAAACCUCAAGGGGCAAAGGGACCUGAAAAGCCAUGAGAACAGCAACCACCUGUGAAGGAUAUCCUGGAAGUACAAAGCUUGUGGGAAAAGCUUCAGGCCAAAGCAGGAGCUCACAGCCCAUGGGAGAGUCCGCAGAAAGGAGAACCUCUAUUCAUGUCCUGCCUGCUAUAAAAGCUUCAGUUACCCAUCACAUCUUAUAAGAGACCAGAGAACCCACACUAGCGCAAAACCUUACCGCUGUCCUGAGUGUGGAAAAAGUUUGUCAACUCACGCACCUGACUAGAUACCAGAAAAUGUAUACAGGAGAGAGGCCCUUUCUCUGUCCUGAGUGUAAGAAGAGCUUCAGUUGGCUCUACAAUUUCCAUAUCCACCAGUGAACCCACAUGGGGGAGAGACCCUACCUCUGUCUGGAAUGCAGGAAGAGCUUCCCUCACAAAUCACAUCUCCCCAUACACCACAGGACUCACAUGGGGGAGAGACCCUACCCCUGCCCCCAACGUGGGAGAAGCUUCAGCACCCAGUCCAGUCUGACAAAGCACAAUAGAAACUGCCACACGAGGAGACACUCCAUCUAUACGCUGCCUGGGGGAAGCAUCAAUCAUAAAAAAAGCCUCUUGUAAAAACAAGGAUCCUGGAUAUGAAGAAUGCAGUAAAGGUCGAGACCCUGGGAUUGACGUACCAGGCCCAGUGCCCACACAAGGAGAACUCCCAUGAGGCCCAGACAAGAGGCCUGGGCCCAUGUUCAGACACUGGAUAUAGAGAACUCAGCUGAGGCCCAGGCCUGUGUUCAGACACCGGACACUGAGAACUUGGCUGAAGUCCAGACCCUGAGAAUGGAGUACCAGGACACCAAGAACUCCCCUGAGGCCUAGGCUGUGGAAACAGAGGCCCAUACCCAUGCUGAGACCCCAGACAUGGAGGCCCAAGCAUUGGGACUAGACUACCAGCUCCUAACCCAAUCCAUGGCCAUGAAGAACCUCGAUGGGGGGUCAGGCCCUGGCCAAGGAUGACCAAGCUGAGGCCGAAGUCAUGGAGGACCCAACUGACGGUGGAGCGCUGCACCAUUGAUUUGAUCCUACUUGUGUAUGUAUGAGGCAAUACUCAAACCUCAGUGGUUUAGGAGCCAAAUUAGUGAUCAACAAUUAUCCAGAAGAUCCACAAUAGUGUGGAUUCAUUGCUUCAUUUAGUGUAUAUAAUAGUCUUACAGCAAAAUGACUGAGCAAGUAUUCUACAAUUGGUUAAUAACAUAGUAAAAGCAUCCUGAUUGGAUAGUAAUUAAAAAACUGAUUUAAUAUCAUAUGCUGCAAAGAGCUGCAGGAGACACAUUAAAGAGCUACUUGUGGCUCUCAAGACUCUGUCUGCAUAUCACUGAUAUAAGGUAUAGCUUGUGAACAGGAUGAAUAGAAAGCAUCAAUGCAGUGACAAACCUAGUCCACUGCUCCUUGCUACACCCCUGAUGGAGAGAAACCCCUGAAGAACAUGGAGGGAUGCCACUUUAUUCUUCUGAAGAAUCUUAGCGAUCAGUGUCUCAUUGCAAUAGCUGUUUCCUUGCUAGUCAUUAAAUAAAGUGAGAGUCUGACCCUCCCAUA